AUGGGUGUGGAUGUUGUUGUUGGUUUGGGUCUGGAUGAAGGUGUAGGUGUGGAUGUGACUGUGAAUGUGGUUGUUCUAGUGGCUGUGGAUGUAGGUGUGGGUAUGGGUGCUGGCAUGGAUGUGGAUGGGGUUUCUAACUGCAAGGAUCCAUCCUUGUUGUCCCGUCUCUCUGUUGAUGAAGAGUACAUCAUAGUACCCGAUUUUGGACAGGUUGCACUGUUUAGUACUGUAUUUGUACUCCUUACCUUCAUGCCCAUCUACAUCCUCACCUCCAGCUUCUCCAUCAUCCUCAAUUAUAUUGUCAACCUCAGUUUCACCAUCACACUCAUUUGCACUUUGAGCCCCAUCAACAGACUCAGCUUACCCUUAAUCCUCGUCAUCCAACCAUCACCCAAAGAUACAUUCUUAACCUCAACUUCAAAGAUCACCCUCAUCCCGAGCUUGACCAUCACAGUCAGCUUAAACAUCACCAUCAGUUUCACCCUUACCCUCACCCGCAUCACCACUCUCACCCUUAGCGUCAACACCACCCUCAGCUUCAUCAUCACCCUUACCCUCACCCGCAUCACCACUCUCACCCUUAGCGUCAACACCACCCUCAGCUUCAUCAUCACCCUCACCCGCAUCACCACUCUCACCCUUAGCAUCAACACCACCCUUAGCUUCAUCAUCACCCUCACCCGCAUCACCACUCUCACCCUUAGCGUCAACACCACCCUCAGCUUCAUCAUCACCCUUACCCUCACCCGCAUCACCACUCUCACCCUUAGCGUCAACACCACCCUCAGCUUCACCCUUACCCGCACCCCUUCAUCAUCACCCACACCCUCAUCCGUAUCACCACUCUCACCCUUAGCAUCAACACCACCCUCAGCUUCAUCAUCACCCUCACCCUCACCUGCAUCACCACUCUCACCCUCAGCGUCAACACCACCCUCAGCUUCAUCAUCACCCUUACCCGCACUCGCAUCACCACUCUCACCCUUAGCAUCAACACCACCCUCAGCUUCAUCAUCACCCUUACCCUCACCCGCAUCACCACUCUCACCCUUAGCGUCAACACCACCCUCAGCUUCAUCAUCACCCUUACCCUCACCCGCAUCACCACUCUCACCCUUAGAGUCAACACCACCCUCAGCUUCAUCAUCACCCUCACCCGCAUCACCACUCUCACCCUUAGCGUCAACACCACCUUUAGCUUCAUCAUCACCCUCACCAUCACCCGCAUCACCACUCUCACCCUUAGCGUCAACACCACCCUCAGCUUCACCCUUAUCCUCACCCGCAUCACCACUCUCACCCUUAGCAUCAACACCACCCUCAGCUUCAUCAUCACCCUCACCAUCACCCGCAUCACCACUCUCACCCUUAGCGCCAACACCACCCUCAGCUUCACCCUUAACCUCACCCGCAUCACCACUCUCACCCUCAGCGUCAACACCACCCUCAACUUCAUCAUCACCCUCACCCGCAUCACCACUCUCAACCUUAGCGCCAACACCACCCUCAACUUCAUCAUCACCCUUACCCUCAUCCGCAUCACCACUCUCACCCUCAGCGUCAACACCACCCUCAACUUCAUCAUCACCCUCACCCGCAUCACCACUCUCAACCUUAGCGCCAACACCACCCUCAGCUUCACCCUUACCCUCACCCGCAUCAACACUCUCACCCUUAGCGCCAACACCACCCUCAACUUCACCCUUACCCUCACCCGCAUCACCACUCUCAACCUUAGCAUCAACACCACCCUCAGCUUCAUCAUCACCCACACCCUCACCCGCAUCACCACUCUCACCCUUAGCGUCAACACCACCCUCAGCUUCACCCUUACCCUCACCCGCAUCACCACUCUCACCCUUAGCGUCAACACCACCCUCAGCUUCAUCAUCACCCUUACCCUCACCCGCAUCACCACUCUCACCCUUAGCGUCAACACCACCCUCAGCUUCAUCAUCACCCACACCCUCACCCGCAUCACCACUCUCACCCUUAGCGUCAACACCACCCUCAGCUUCACCCUUACCCUCACCCGCAUCACCACUCUCACCCUUAGCGUCAACACCACCCUCAGCUUCAUCAUCACCCUUACCCGCACCUGCAUCACCACUCUCACCUUAA